AUGAAACGAAGUCGAAUACGUGAAUCAUUACAAGAUUUAGAUGAUAUUGAUCAACUGGAUAUUGAAAAAAUCAUUUCAGAUGCAUUUGAUCAAGCAGUUCAAUUAACUGAGCGUUUAGAAUUAUCGAAUUUAUUAAAAGAACAUGGUGUUUUCGAUUUAGAUUCAAUGAGUAAAUAUGUAUUCCAACAAUUGAACUCGAGUUCUAAAAUGUUUGAUUAUUCCACACAAAUGAUGAUAGCGAUGAAUUUGACCUUGAAGAAGAAGUAG